UUGAUUUCGAGCUUCCUUUAUACCAGUCUUCUCGCGCACCAUGCUGUUUGUUGACUUGAUCAUUGAACGCCAUCCCGCUGCAGCGUCCCUUCGUCAGAUCAGCAGCUGCGGUACUUCAUUCUGGUCACACAAGUCCGGUCGCGGAGGCGCGUGGAAGCGGAAGGGGCGCAUUGCCAGCUGGCAUCAACGAUGCAUUGUGGUCUGGCCUCAACUAACUACUUUCACGAUUCAGGGAAAGACCGGUGUGGAUGACGCCAGCUGUUGGCAUGUAAGUGAAACAGGUCCAUACGCAUACGACGGGUCCAAGGAUGCAGCUGGGGUGCCAGGAGGUGGGAGUUUGGUACCACCAAGUCGAGCCACGACACUUUGGUCAGGAGAAAUUGGUAUGGAAUUGCGCAUAUACCACAUGGUAGCGACGAUUGAUGGGUGGUUGCGUGGUGCUGCACUGGUUCUGCUGUGGCGUUCGUGAUCAUGACCGUCAAUGCCGCAAAGUGAUCAGGAUACUGUAUUCAAGGCAGCGCCCGGUAAAGCGUCGCGACCUCAAGGGACCAGUAUCAUCAUUCAUUGCAGGUGUCAUUGGUUUAGAGCUCCAGGAAUUAAUCUGCGGAUAUCAUAAAGUUUUUUUGAUAGAGUUCGUGUGCUUCGAAUCGGGCACAAUUCCUAUUUCCGGCCCAGGCCAACGUCUCGCCACCUGCCGUACUAAGUUAGACGGUCAGCCUGCUCCUGAAACAGGUUGCUUGCAGACAGACAUCAAAUGUUCUUCUGCGGUCAGGGACCAUGACUCAGGUGUUAGCCUUGAGAGACCCUCUCAUGCAAGGUCGACGGUCGAUCGGAUAGAAUGCGUGGAUGCUCCGCGUAAUGCUGCUCACGAGAAGUUGCACCAUACGAAAGAUGUGGUAUGGCUGGCUUUUCUUCGUUCCUUGUUGUUCCUUUGGAAAGCUAGUCCCUGUCAGGACGGCUUGAUAAACCCGACAGACAACUGCCUGUUGAUACUAAAAUUGAUGUUCCAGGAAUCCCUUGUCAUCCACAAAAGAAAGAACUGUUGUCAUUCGGACAGAACUUCGUCGUCGUCAGGAACAUGACAAAAGUUCGUUGUCGUUCAGGACGGGAAAACGGAUGAUGGGUCCCGG